AUGGAAGCAGAAAACCACACAGAAGUGCCACAAUUCCUGCUCCUGGGUUUCUCAGAUGACCCUAAACUGCAGCCCCUCCUCUGUGGAGUGUUCCUGUGCAUGUACCUGUUCACUGUGCUUGGAAACCUGCUCAUCAUUGUGGCCAUCAGCUCUGACUCCCACCUCCACACGCCCAUGUAUUUCUUUCUCGCCAACCUGUCCUUUGUGGACAUCUGUUUCACCUCCACCACGGUCCCAAAGAUGCUGGUGAAUGUCCAGGCACAGAGCAAAAACAUCUCCUACAUUGGCUGCCUCAUUCAGGUGUAUUUUUUUACAAUAUUUGUUGGAAUGGAUAACUUCCUUCUGACUGUGAUGGCCUAUGAUCGGUAUGUGGCCAUCUGCCACCCCUUAUAUUACAUGGUCAUCAUGAACCCACGCUUCUGUGGCAUUCUGGUUCUGAUAUCUUGGUUCAUCAUGUUCUGGGUCUCUCUGCUUCAUAUUCUACUGAUGAGGUGGCUGACCUUCUGUGUAGGCACUGAAAUCCCACAUUUCUUCUGUGAACUGGCUCAGAUCCUCAAGGUGGCCUGCUCUGACACCCUCAUCAAUAACAUCUUCUUGUAUGUGGCUACGGUGCUACUGGGCGUGUUUCCUUUCACGGGAAUUCUGUUUUCUUACUCUAGGAUUGUCUCCUCUUUAAUGAGAAUAUCCUCUGCGAGAGGGAAAUAUAAAGCAUUUUCCACCUGUGGCUCUCACCUGUCUGUGGUCUCCUUGUUCUAUGGCACAGGCCUGGGGGUCUACCUCAGUUCUGCUCUGACCCAUUCUUCCCUACAAAACUCAGUUGCCUCAGUCAUGUACACUCUGGUCACCCCCAUGCUGAACCCCUUCAUCUACAGCCUAAGGAACAAGGAUGUGAAGGGAGCCCUGAGAAGGCUCCUCAACCUACCAGCAUCUUGUCUAUUGUGGGUCACCACAACAUGA